UAAGUUUGUUUGGUAAAGGAAAAAAAGAUGAGCGAUUACUUACUCUAGCUCAAGCUCAAGACUCUGGUACUGAACAGAGGUCAGUCUUUUCAGUGAAUUGAGGUCAUGAGGUCUAGAUUUACAAACAUAUGUGUGUCAUUCUAAAGCUCUCACUGUGUUCAAGGGCCGUACUCUAUCAGGAUGCUACUGUCAGUCUGUAAAAUAUCUGUUACUGCAGAGAUAAUGAUUAAGAAGUGCAACAGGUCAUCCAAGAUGACUAAAGUUAGCAUAAUCACCAAGUGCUGAGGCACACAGUGAGCAAAAACCGUGGUCACUGCUGACUCCAAACUUUCCAGAGCAUCAUGAUAUGGGUGUCCACGAGUAAGCAGCUCCUUCAUGUGUAAUGUGUAGGUGGCUGAGUAAUUAGUGUGUACUUUAAAGCAUAAGCUCACCCAGAAAAACUACAGUUAGUGUGUUGAAAAUAUUCCGAGGUCACAGUCCACCAGUCCAGUGUGAGGUGGGUUUAUUGAUCCAGUCCUGCACCCAGACAAAAUGUAUCUACUGUUUCUCUCCUGAUUUAUUUACACUUUUACAUCUGUGGCUUAUUUAUCCUAAACCUUAUUGUGUAACCUGUAAAGUUGGUUCUGUGUGUUUAUCUCGAUUUAUAAAUCUGCAUUACUACUGUUCUAAGAGUAAAUCUAACGGAUUUUACUGUGCAUUUCAGUUUACAACAUGUUUUGUGGACAAAUUUUGCAAACAGCUACCGUUGCUUGUAGCGCUAACGGGACACUGAAAUGUUGGGAGGCUUUUAUUACGAAAGAACGGAAAUGAUGGGAACUUUUACGCAAUUUGAUUGGUUGGUUGGUCUCCUGCGGUAGGACCGACCAGUGAAGGUGGUGUGAUAAAGCUGCAGAAUCUCGAGAUGUGAUAAUGUACCCUCGUACGAAGGAUGCGCCGUGACCGCUCGUGGAUAUCUAUGGAAGGCUGGUGCAUGAAUAUGUGCAGAGAGUCUUAGAGAGUCAGUGUCGCCCUGGCAACACCAGACAGAGCUUGUUAACUCAUCUCCCUGCUUCCAGUCACAAUGUCCAGCCCUUCCUGUGGAAAGAUGAACCGCUGAACGAUGACCUUUUCUUGUAUCCUCCGCCGUUUGGGUUCAGAGGUCUUCAGAGCAAAGUAGCAGAACUGCAAAAACUGCUACCAGCCUCAGACUCACCACAGCCUGAGAAGGCUGCAGGGAAAUGUCAGCGCUGUGUGGUCAUGGGAAAUGGAGGCAUUCUCAAAGGCUUGGAGCUUGGCCCGGUGAUUGACCGCUUUGACACCAUUAUCAGGUUAAACAGAGGUCCACUGGGAAAGUUCAGCAUUGACGUUGGGAAUCGAACCACCAUCAGGAUGAGUUACCCGGAGGGCACGCCUCUUAGCUGGGCUGACACAGACCCAGACACUCUGUUUGUGACGGUGGUGUAUAAAAGCGGAGACAUCAGCUGGAGCUCUGCUAUGAUCAACAAGCUCUCUGUGCCUCUGUGGGAUUGGUUCUUUUUCUGGCAGAAGGUUCCAGAUAGAAUCCCUCUCAAAGCCAGUAAGUUCAGACUUCUAAACCCACAUGUGAUCAGAGAGACUGCACUGGACCUCCUGAAAUAUCCUCUUCCCAGGCCACGCCUGUGGGGCUGGGACCAGAACAUUCCCACUCUAGGUGUGUCUGCGCUGACUCUAGCUAGCCUGCUGUGUGACGAGGUCAGCCUGGCAGGCUUUGGGUACAACCUCUCCCAGCACGGGGCGCCACUGCACUACUAUGACCAGCUGCCUAUGAGUGCCAUGCUGGAGCAGAGCAUGCACAACGUGAACAGAGAGACUGAGCUCUUGCAAAGACUGGUUAGAGAGGGAACCAUCACUGACCUGACAGGGGGGAUCCACUGCUCCUACUGCCACAGCUGACCCACCACAGCCUUCUAGUGCAGAGCGCUUCCUUUUUGUGGUGUGAACAUUUUCAUAUCCUCUCUGAGGCACUGAACAGAAGUCAAGCAAGAGUCACAGGAUAUUUUUAACAAAACACUUUAUGAAGAACUGCUUUGUUUAUAAUGAGAAAGGGCCUUGGACCACAGUCUUGUCUUUGCUCACACACACGUGUUGCAAAGCUUCCAGUUUGUAAUAACUGAUUCUCAUCAGCAAUGCAUCAGGAGCUUCUCAGUAUUUGAGUUACUUUUAGUUGUGGAACACGACCAGUAACUUGUAAACAGUGUUAUUCGGUAUCAUGGUUGUUGUGAUUGUUCUGAUGCAAGUUAAAAUUAUGUUUGUACAGCAGUAAAUUAUCAGUGGAACAAAAUGAAUCUGUAUUCAGUUGCACAGAUUGGACCAAAGUGUCUUCAGCAGUUUUUAGCAGAUUCACUUCGUUGUGAUAUUGAAAAAGUCUGCUUUGCUGCUCUUCCCGAGUGGCUGAUCUUUGAUAUCUGUGGGGAAAAUAAAAUGUGAUUUAUAAUUUUAUUUUUAUUAUUUCUACAUCGUUGUAGUUUUAUUUGACUUGCACUUUUUCAUGUUAACAUCCAAUUUCCUGAUCUGAAUUUUAAUAUGUCGCAGCCAUGUGAGCAUCCUGUGUCGGUCUUCAUUAAUAAAGUCCAAAAAAGAAGAAA